AUGGCAAACCAGCAAUGCUCAAGUGCAAACUGCUUAGCCUCAGAGUACAUCAAGUCAUUCAAACUGUUCUUAAGAAAGUGCAUAAAGCCUUCUGCAAAGGAAUUCAUCAUCUCUGCAAAAAGCCACGGAAUCGGCAUUGGACUUUUAGGUAUCCUUGGAUAUGGGAUAAAACUCAUUCACAUUCCAAUCAAUAACAUUAUUGUGAGUAAACCAAUCAAGGAAUAA